UUGACUUUGUUGUGAUCAUUUCGGAGUCUCCCAGCUGAUUGUCAAGUGUAAAUGUAUGUUACUGUUUACUGCAGUGCGUCUAUACACACUGAUUCUACCUUCAUUUCAAAGCAAGUUUGAAAAAAUAACUGUUAGAAGUCAGCAUAUUGAGGUUGAAGUAGUUUGUCACAAUGAAAGGUCUUAGCUGCCUUAAAAGGAAACAUUGAUACGACAUGCUGUAACCAAGUGCGUUGUGAAGGGAGUGCUGCCACCACUACGUGAGGAUGAAGAGCCAGAGGGGGAAUCUACACGAUGCCAGAGUCUUCAGAGUCCCAGAACAGCCAAAACAGUCCCAUGGCGCCAUCGGUUCGUCUGCCAUCACCAACACGAGCCAUCAUACAGGGAGGUAGCUCCAGGAGAGACAAUGGGUCAGGAAGCGUUGUUGGUCAGUUGUCAUCAUCAUCGUAUUCCAAUCUGGCAGCAGCACAGAGGAAGAACCGCCUAAACUCUGCCAAGUAUUAUGACAUCGCAUCGACCAUUCUUGCAGGUGGACCUGACUUUGAUGAGCUGUUUCUUGCUGCAGCUAGGGAUGGGGAGUAUGACAAGAUUGAGCACUUCCUCCAGGGAAGGAGUGACGUCAUCAUCAGCAUUGAUGCCAAGGACAAGCGGACCGGGAAUACACCUCUCAUCUGGGCAGCAAAGAAGGGGCACGCAAAGAUCGUGCAACUGCUGCUGAAGCAUGGCGCCGACCCGACACUGCGGAACUACGAGGGCCAGGUGGCAGUGGAGGUUGCAUUGGCUUCCAUCAAGAUGAUACUCCUGGAUUCUGUAGAGAAGACCACCGAGUCAUCACAUCGACUGUUACUUCAGGCAGCGUGGCAGGGAAACAUCAAAAUUGUCCGAAAGUUGCUGCGGGAGAACAAAGUGAAGGAUAUCAACUGCCAGAAUGCUGAAGGGUUAACUCCCCUGUUGCUGGCCACACGGGACAGCCAGCUGUUUGAGAGGUUGUCAUUGCAGCUGAAUCGGUCCUACAAUCCAGUGGAGGUCAUACAGGAGCUACUGGCUAAUAGAGCUAACAUCCACGCCAGCGACUGUGAUGAGAAGACCUGCCUUCACCACGCCUCCCAUUCCCGCGCCACCCUAGCGCAGUCUCUCGUGGAUGUGCUCAUCAGGGAAGGGUCAGAGCUAGAGCUGCGUGACAAGCGUCAUUUCAUGCCGAUCCACUGGGCCUCACAUUCCGGCAACACGAAUGUAGUAGUGGCACUGCUGGAUGGGGGGUCAGAGGUCAACUCCAGAGGGUUCGCUGGCCUCACUCCGCUGCACAUCACGGCACACAACGACCACAACAAGACAGCUGUGGCGUUGUUGGAGCGGGGUGCGGAUGUGACCGUCACUGAUGACCGUGGACUGACUGCUGUAGAUCUGGCCAAGACGAGGAAGAUGAAGACGACACUGAAGGAGGCCUGGGCGGAGCAGACGCACAUGAAACAGACAACCACUCUGGCUCCUGUCCGUGCUCCGAGUCGGGAAGAAUCUCGCAUGUCAAUGGACGAUUGUGGGAAGAGAAGAAAGGGAGAAGUUAUUUUUGAUGGUCUGAUAACAUCACCUAGGUCAUCCAAGACUGGACCUAUGUCAAGACCAACGUUUAGUCGAUGUCUGAGCAAUGCUGACAAGGCACGGCGGGCAGAACAACAGAUGAUGAAGGAUGUCGACUCGGGAAGGUUCACACCAACACCAAAGGAAAAUGUAAGAAGACUUGGAACUCUACGAGGAAGUGCCAAAACAUCGACUCUGCCCAAGGUGGUGACCGGGUCAUGUGGUCCCCCCUCCAGCCCUGACCGUGCGUCCCCCCAGUCUUCCACAGGGAGGAAGAGCUCCCUAGAGGAUGUGGAUAUCCGGAGGUCCCUGGAAGAUGUCCGACCUGGGGGGGUCAGGAGGUCCCUGGACGAUGGCCGGCCUGGGGGAGUCAGGAGGUCCAAGUCUCAGAAGUUGGGAAAUAUUCCAAGUGACAGGAGAAGAAUCACUCCGACGUCAGCGGGUGAGGUGACGCAGGAGGAGUUCUGUGUCCUGAACAACAGGGUAUCACCUGUACCACACGAGAUGCAGACAAGAGGAAGACAUCGCAGAACGGGGUCAGAUCCUUUCAUCCCACCAAUUCUCGCUGACUUAGCAAAGUCAUGUGAUAAUUAUCUUCCACGGAGAGGGAGGUCACUGUCCAACAGUGAAGAGUACGACCUGGACAAACAAAUGAGGAUGACCCCGUUACGGACGCCACUUGACCGGGAGAUGACCAAUCUCAACAUCCCCACCACCAUCCCCGAAGUCCUAACCCCUCGCACCACCACCAGUGCUGUGUUUGUCGACAUAGACACAAACCGCAGCUCGACCCCAGCACAGCUGAUCAGCCUUCAUCCCAACUCCUCCAACGUGCUGCCUCCCACGCCAACCUUCAUCACCCAGAAAUCCUACAGCAUCCUAGAUGCCAAACUUGUCCACAUUGCCAAGGAGGGGGACUCUUCCAAGGAAUGUUCCCCAAGGUCAGAUGAAGACCUGCCCAAGAUCUCAAAGGAGCAGGUGCGUGUGUUGCUCAGCAACCCCUAUGAGUUGUUGCGAAGCCGCUCGCUGCUGAAGGAGGAGUUUGUCAUAGAUGAGAGUCGACCCAAGGACCCUCUCCUCCACUCCUCAGGGAGCGACCCCACAUCCAGUGCCAGCAGCUUGUCCUCCUCCCCCAGGGAUAACAGUGUCAACAUCCUCAUCCUCAACAAGACAGGGAAAAGUGUCAAGGAGUAUCAUUCCCCACUGUCUAAAGUUGGUCGCUACAGUAUCAGUGGUCCGAACAAUAAUGUCGGAGAACGAUUCCGGAAUAAAGUCACUCGGAGUAAGAGCUUAUCCAGCACUCCCAGUAGAUCAAGAUCAAAUGAGAAAUUAUCUGAAAUGCAGAACGUAGGCAUAUCAGGAAAUGUUUUGAAAAAGCCAGUUUAUAAGCAAAACAGUUUGGAUUCUGCAGUGCAAUCCAAAGCUAAAAGCAGUGGUUCAAAUAAGGACAUUUCCAAGACAGGUGUGGAUCAUAAUAUGAAUAAUUGUGUUGUGCCUGGUAACGAUAAUGGUGAUGUUCCCAAAGCAUGUGAUAAUUCUGUUCAAGUUUCUUCUGUGAGUGGUGGAUGUGAUAAAACUUGUGAAGUGACAGAUUCGAAUCUGAAGUCAAAUCAGCCAAAUACCAUGAGUAGUGCCAGUACAAGACAGCCAAAUACAAAACAGGGUAGUAAUCAAAGAGUGAGUAGCUCUUGUGGUAUUGCAAAGAAAGCUCAAAGUAAUUCCUCAGCUAAGUCCUCUACAGGAGUUCAGAAUGUACCCAAGAUUGUUAGAAACGCUAAGACACCUCAAGGCAAUAGAGUGAACAGGAAUGCUUCUCCACUGCGAUCUAGCAGUGGAGUCACGUCAUCAAGAGCAGCAAGUACUCUCACAUCAAUCUCUGUGACAGUAGGUUCAGAAGAAGACUGUAAAAACUGUUCAGUUAUGCCUUCUCCCAGUUCACCUGACACAAAUGCAGUGACAAUAAGUGUUAAUUCAGCUUCCGAAAAUAUUCCCAAAAAUGUGUUAUCAGUUUCGAAAAAUGUUGGUUCUAAAGAAAUAAAUUUAAGAUCAGGAUCUGCCAAACCUGCUGUAGGGAGUUUAUCCAAAGGAAAUUCUACCGCAAUCAACCAGACAAAGCAAUCUUCAGUUCAGGCAUCUGCUGUAAAAACUAAAGUAACUCCUAGAAAACCAAACACAGCCUCAUCCAAGACUGGAGCUACGCCUUCAGCAACACCAGCCUCUGUAUCUUCAAAAUCAGUUCCUUCAAAGUCAAUUCCUUCAACCUCAGUGUCUGUGUGUAAAACAUCUUUGAAAGAGUCCAACUCUGUGUGUAACACUGUGUCUUGUUCAACUAAGCUAUCUGCUGCUGUUCCAAGCAGCCAUUUGCACACAACAUCUAAUCCAGCCUGUUCUGUCUCAUCACCAAACCAACCCAAGUCUGAAUCUAGUUCUCAGGAACCUGCCAAGGUGCUUACACCAAAACCUGUGCCAAAAUUAGAAAGUCCUAUGAAAUCCCUUAGAUCUCCAUCCGAUAGCCAGCUCAAUGUUAAGAGCAGUAACCAAGAAAAGGGUAACAAUAUGAGAAAGUCCGACAGUUGGAGGUAUGUUAAACCAUGUCAGGAAAACAAAGAACCUCUUGUGAGAAUCUCCUUACCGGGGCAAGAUCCUCGGCCUCAUAUAUCUGAACCUGGCAGUAUAGGAUCAACUUUUGUCAUGCAGACACCGGUCAUAGUGAAUCCGUUCGAGAACUGGAUACAACCUGAGAUUGUUAUUACAUCACGGACAUCAAGUGAUGACCAUAACAAUACUGACAUUGCCAAAGGAGGAACUUCAUCGUAUGGUUUCGUUAUUGGCAAAUCUUCGAAAGAUGCUACAUGUAAGCUGAAGAAAAACCGGAAUGUGAAAAGUGCUAAGAAAACUAAAGACAUGAAAAGACCAGUUUCAGGCGGUCAAAGACAAAGUUCAGGUCGUAGAAGAGGUGCAAAGAGUCAAGAUUCUAAGACCAGUGAGCAAUCUGAAAAUGGACGUGUCAAAAGUGGGAAAUCUGGCAAAAGGGUUAAGUCUGGUCGAAAGCGUAAAAAGGAUUUGGAAACAGAAGCAUUGAAAACAAAUGCAGCCAAACCUGAUGUGGCUCUCAUUUCAGGCAUUGGGUGGCAUGUUGCAGCAGGUUGCAAUGACACAUCCGAUGUGAAGGUCGCAACUCAUCUGUAUUGUUCUGACUCCGAAGAUUCUGAUAUUGAAGUCAUCAACCCUGAAGAUAACUACUUUAAGCUUCUAACUGCCAGAACUGAGGGCGCUGUGAGCCCCAGCACACCAAGGUUUCAGGAAAUAAAAGCAGCUGCGGAAGUCCGAAUUCCUCUUCCUGUGAUGAGCCAUGACGGCUUUCCUCCCAUGAACCUGGACAUGACCCAAGAGAUGUUUCCAGCACCCAGGUCCAAUCAGACAUCUUUUGCAGUCAGCAACGCAGAAGAAGAGGAGGAUUACACAAAUGACUUUGAUGACCUUACAAAUGCUCUCCAUAAGGAGAUAAUGUUGGGUAAGUUGACUCCAAUACCUGAAAGUCCAUCUGUGUCUCACAGUGUUCAGGCAGCUAUCAAUAGGUUUGAUCAGACUGUGAAAGAGGACCAGUUGAACAAGAUGCUGGGCAUCAUAGCCGGGGAGUCACUGUCCAGUCAACAGGCUGAAGCUCUGAGACAAGCUAAGCAUGAUUCGUGUACUUCGGCUGAUUCUAGAGUCAGGAGAUCAGGAUCAAUAAGAAAGGAGGUUUUGACACAUGAGUCAGCAAAAGCCAGAGUUAAGGCUACAGGUAAAACCGAAAGUCCUGGGUCAGCAUCUAAGAAAACUGUUCCAGGAAAAACAGUUGUGAAGAGCAAAGCAAGUAAUUCUGGUAUCAAAGGCAGCACUUCAAAUGUGAAAGGCAGCAAAGAGAACCUCAGUCUCCUCAAGGAGGAACCCAAAGGUGCUGCAUCCUCUGAGAAAGGUAAACCCAUUGAAGCUGUGGCGAAGGAGGAAGACAAUCUUUCCAAAGGUAUAAGACGAGAAAGAAAGUUUUCUGAGUCUAAAAAGGAAGAUGAGGAGAUAGAUGAAGCUAUUGAAGAAAUUCUGAAUGCCACGGGGAACUCCCUAUCAUCAACGCUGAAGUCAAACAACAAUAAUAAAUCUUUAAGUAGUACUCUGACUGAAGCAGACAGGAAUGUUCUCAGGAGACUUAAGAACAAUGAGUCGAUGUUCCAUGCCAAAACUGCUGAUAAAGAUGAUGUAAGACAUUCUGACAGCUAUGCACAAGACACUAACCCAAACCUACUCAAAGUGUUCCAUGCGGAAAAUUUCAACCUUGGGUCAAAGGUCAAGGCGAUGAUAGAUGCUGGUGCUGAUCCUUCAAAGGUCAAGGCUAUGAUUGAUGCUGAUGAAGAGGCAAAGCAGCUGGCCAAGGUGAUGAACUCUUUCAGACACAUGGAGCUUCAUGCAGGAGGUGCUGGAGGGUCUGUGCGGUUGUCAAAGGACACACCAAGGAAACAUAACUCUGUGCCUAGGCCUGAAGGCAGCUCUGAUGGUCCAAGCAUGACUCGUAAGCCUCCCUCAGGACGACCUUCUUCAGCAGGAGGUCUUCGUAAAGGAAAGUUUCAUGAGAUGAAGGCAAUCACUCCAAGAAUACAAGGAAACCAGUCUUCUCUCAAGCAUGUUGAGACAUCCAUAGUCCAGGAGGAGAUGGAUGUUCUGGAGAAGUUGUCCGAAGCUGUAGCUGCUGAAGUUGCAGAUCCUAUACUUGCCAACACAUCUGAUGGGGAGACCCUGUGCAGUCGACUGAGUGGCCGCAGAGGGAGCAGAACAGGCAGUGCCUGCACUGAGGACAGUAUUGGGUCCAGUAUUGAGGAGACAAUUCAGUGGAAGAAAGGAAAUGUCCUUGGCAAAGGAGCCUUUGGAACCGUGUGGUGUGGGCUGACCAACGAGGGAGAGCUGAUUGCUGUGAAGCAGAUUGACCUGAACACUACAGACAUGGACAAGGCUCACAGAGAGUACGAGAAGGUGCAGGAGGAGGUGGAACUCCUCAAGAAUCUCCGACACAAGAACAUCGUGGGAUACAUGGGCACAAGCUUUGAGGACUACACAGUAAGCAUCUUCAUGCAGUUUGUGCCGGGCGGAUCUAUCGCCAGCAUCCUGGCUAGGUUUGGAGCCCUGGAUGAGUCAGUGUUCCGACGCUACACUCGACAGAUCCUCGAGGGCGUGGAGUACCUUCAUGAGAAUGAUGUCAUACACAGAGACAUCAAGGGAGGCAAUGUGAUGUUGAUGCCCAAUGGUGACAUCAAACUGAUUGACUUCGGCUGCGCCAAGAGACUGUGCAUCAACCUCAGCAUGAGCCAGAGUCAGAUUCUCAAAUCCAUGAAGGGCACUCCAUACUGGAUGGCGCCGGAGGUGGUCAACGAGACCGGCCAUGGCAAGAAGUCAGAUAUAUGGAGUGUGGGAUGCACUGUGUUUGAGAUGGCCACGAGGAAACCACCUUGGUCGGACAUGAACCCAAUGGCUGCCAUAUUUGCUAUUGGAUCUGAUAAGCCAGCUCCCACUUUGCCAGAGGACAAGUUCUCCCCGGAAGCCAGGGAGUUUGUCAUGAAGUGCCUCACAAGGGAUCAAAACAUCCGUUCAUCGGCGACAGAGUUACUUCAAGAUGUUUUCAUUCUGAAGAAAUCUUCCAAGAAAUAACCACAGAUCUGUCUGUUUGAAAGAGUGAGUUCUGAUAGUGUUCUGGUUCAUGACAUGCAAGGCAAUAGGAACACAACAGCUGAGUGAUUGUGCCUUUAGAGUUUCUUGGGCUCUAGCUUUUGUCCAUUUUGUCAGUCAGGACAAUGAUGGGUAUUUGCAUGAAUAACGAUGACAAUAUUUCGUACACAGUGACAUUAUAUGAUAACAAUGACAUUGUAUGAUGGUGGAGUAUUACAAAUAGAAAUGUUUGCUGGUCAGGCUACCUGUACACGGUGCCGAUUGUUUCUGGGGAGCAGGAGAGUGUUAAUGUCUUUCCCUUCUUACAGUGACAUGCUAAUGUGGGAUCUGACUGACACAAAAUCUUACCUUAAAAAAUAUAAUCAUACACCAUAUAUUCUGAAGAUUUACAGUUUGUAUAUUUAAAUAUUAAUAAUAUUAAAAAUAUUUAAUGGAACAUGCUUUAUUUCCCUCACUAUAUUGUCAUGUUUUUUGUAGGUAGAUAUACUUUAUUGACAUUUUUGCAGAGAUUUGACAAUAUUGAGUUGUAAUUUGAUUGUAUAGAAAAUGUUAAACCUUGAUAUUUAAGUGGCAUUACUGUGUUUGCUGUUUAUAAUGUAGAUUCAUGUAUAGAUUGUUGUAGUCAUUGUCUAACCCAAUACUAAGAAGCAUUUGCCAGUGGAUAGGGGCUUGUUGCUCACAAUAUCAAUCACAUUGCGAUGAAAUAAUCACCUCACAUAUCCAUUUUCAAGGGGUGAGAUAUACAUAUGUAAAUAAAGUGUAUAGCAUGUAUAGAACUGGUUCUCAUGGCAUUGGAACAUUUUGUUGGUCAUAUUGCAAUGGGCGUGUAAGUGAUUUUUUAAUUGUAAAUAGUGUAUAUUUUUUAAAUGUUUUAUUAUUUAGUUUCAUGUAAGUAUAUAUGUCCUGACCAGUUGUAUUGGUUUUGUUGUGUAGGUGUGUAACAACAAACAUGUUUUCAGAGGGACAGCAUGUGUUUUCAGCAUUAUAUUCCAUGAAGGAAAUAUCAUACUUGUUUGGUCACCACUACAGUAUUGUUUUUUAUAAUGCAAAAGUAUGAAAUGGCAGUUUAUUAAGCCUAUCACUGUACUAUUGAGGAUUUGACAUAAAAGUAGCUUUUAUUUUGCAGGCUCAAUCCAUUCCCUUUAUUCCAGGCCAAUCAGCAAAAUUGUGAUAAACUUUUUUAAGUGAAAGCAUUUAUAAUCACUGAAACUUGAUUUAAAUUGACAUUAAUAGUCUAUGAUAUUCAAAAUAUAAUUUCUAUGAAAACUGCACAAAUGGCAUGUUAUGAUUGUUUAAUUAAUCUGUUACUAAAAUGAAAUACAUGUAUGUGUAAUGUUUAGUCUUAUGCUAAAUAUUUGUGGGGAUAUAUUUGCUGGGUCAUCACUACUAAAAGAAAUUCUUGAAAUUAUCCCUAACCUUUUUGUUCGGCAUAUAUGUGAUUUGGAGAUAUAUGUAUAUUUAGCAACAUCAAGCUCAGUACUUCUGCAUAUAUAUACAGUCAAGUCUCGUUAAUCCGACACUCGGCUUUAUC